AUGAAGGUCGCCUGGGCCAUUAUCGCCUCCCUCGCCGGCAGCGCCCUCGCCGCCCCGGCCCCCGCUGCACCCGCCGGUCCUGCCCGCCGGGCCACCCCGGAGGCCACCGAGAACGGCCUGCUUAGCAGCCUGCUCGGCGGCCUGCUCGGCGACCUGGUCGGCGGCCUCGGCGGCGGCCUCAGAAGCGUCGGCAAUAGCGUCGGCGGCGGCCUCAAAGGCGGCCUCAAAAGCCUCGGCGGCGGCCUCGGCUAA